UUCUAGUUUCUAGCAUUCUUCUGAUUUGCAUCGUGGAUCACGACUCGGUUAUUUUUCUGUUAAGUACUUCCUCGUCAGUAUAAUCUUCGACUUUAAAUUAGCCUAGGAAUACAAUCAAUUAUCUUAAUAUGAAUUAGUCUGUGUCGAUUGACGUGUUAAACACUACAUACAUCUCUUUUUAUGCUUCUUGUGGAUAAAACCAGCAUACAGAGGCCGCCUGUCCACGCUUCAUUAGACUGGGGGAUAGGCUGGGCCUACCUAUCUUCUAAAGCCUGGUUUUUAGUACUACAUACAGUACUGGUGCUAGGCUUAGUCCAUCUAUACAAAGAGUAAUCCUAGCUAAGCCUAUCUGACAACCAUUGUCAGGCAUCAUGGCGCGAUUUACUACCGAGGACGAGUAUGAGCAUUUCCUGCAUUGUGAGGUAAUUGAAAACAACUUUGCCUUUCUUUGUGAUAAUAUCAAUCCAACAGACCAUGUGGAUUUUUUACGUUCAGAGCGUAUAUUAGACCAAGAAUCUGUUGAAGACAUCAUGUCACAAACUACUACAAGGCAGAAGUGUCGAUGUUUUCUGGGCUACAUUAAAAGACGUGGAUCAUCAGCACUGCCACUUUUUAUACGAUCACUGUUACAAAAUAGAACACAAGUGUUUAUUGUUAGAAAGCUACAUGUUUCUUUGGCAAAACUCCAGGAUGAUCCACCUCAAUCAGUUUUGGAGAGAAGGCCAGAAUUCGGAGAGGAAAAUGAAGAAUUUGGAUUUAGAAUUCCAGCAGAAUUUGAUGAUAACGAGCUCCCAAUACCAGGUCAGCCGGGAGCUAUCCCUUUUCCUGAAUAGCUAUACGGUAUUAGCAACAAUGUAACGGCAACCAGUGAACUUAACCAGUCAUCACCUGAAAAAGAGAGGGUGUCAUAUAUGCUUGCCAGAUUGAUCCUCGACACAGUUCUGUUCUCUACCACUAUAGAUUUAAAAAUUGUUUUUCUUAGCUGUUGUUUUUUGUAUCUUACCAGAGUACUGUAGAUGUUAUAUAGCUAUAAUUUAAAAAUGGAUUCUCUUUAAUUUAGAUACAAUGUAGUUCAUUUCAUGCUACAGUAAACAAAAAUGGUUGCAGAAUUUUUUUUUUUUAGCAUUGACAUGUAGUGUCUAAUUGUAUACAAUCAAUAGCCACCAUAUGUGAUCCAGUAUCACGGUUGAAAGGGCAGUACCAGUACAGUACACUGCACACAACAAUACAUUUAGGUUAGGUUCACACUGGAGCCCUAAGUUUCCAGAUUGGGAGCUAACCAGUAUCACCCGUGUGAGAAAGCCCGAUCGGUUUAGCGCUAACCGUUACCAGGAUCUGCAUACGCUAACGGUUAGUGAGCGCAAUUGGUUAGCACUUUGAGCGUGUUUUUAUCAUUAGCCAAUCACACAUACAUAUUUCCAAUUUCCACUUUUCUAUUGGCCAGUGAUCCCACCAUCAUCAUCUUGAUAUCUGGAUCAGGGAUUUUCUUGUAUGAACGCAAAGGUGAGCACAUAUGUUAUUUAUCUGGAUCUUGCUAACCGUUAGCUGCCGUGUGUGAACAUAGCCUUAAAAAUAAACAUUCCAUAUUAUGGUGUGGAUUAAUAGGUACUGUAUAGCUGCUAUUUAAGAGAAAUAUAAUUGGUAUGAAUGAAUAAAUGAUGCAUGCUCAAAAUCAGUGGCUUAUCUAGGAGUUCUGAAAUGGGGAGAUGCAAAGGUCAAAUGUGGGGUCGAUGAUCAGAUGAGAAGGCACUAGCCCGCAAAAUAAGAAGAUUUGAGGUGAUUUUUAAAUACUUGAGCACAGUUUUUGCUUCAAACAUUUGCAAGGUGGGGUGGGGGGGCAGGGCAAAUAUUUUUUGGAGGUGUCCUCUCCCACACAUCCCUAGUUAUACCAUUAGGCGUAUUCGACUGGUCCUUUUCCGAGGAGCUCGGGGUGUGCUCUUUAAAAAACAGCGAGGAGUUCGAGCUGCUCUUGUGAGGAGUUUGUGCUGCUCGUGCGACCAAUCAAAUAUGACAUACGAAUACGCCUACUGUUCAAAAUCUCAUAAAAAUCAUACUUCUGUUUGUCAUCCCUGGAUAUAUGGUCAUAAAUGUGAUAGGGCGAGAUUGGCGCAGUGGGAAUGUUUUGAUUUCCUAACCUAUAGGUCUUGGUUUCAAUCUCGAGGUCUGUGCAUUUUGCUUGUGUCCUUGAGCAAGGCAUUUAUCUGCAUUGCUUCCCUCCACCCAAGAGUAUAAAUGGGUACCGGGUGGGGUGUUCUGCUCUUGCGCUGAUUACCAGCAGUAACACUUACAGCAUGUGGAUCCAAUGACCGGAGAAAAGAAGUGCACUUUAUAACCUCAAGGAUGAGGUGCAUUAUAAAUGCCUAUACCAGUACAUGUACAAAAUGAAAUUAUGUUUAAAGCUUGAACUGGUAGUUUUAAUCUUAACUAGUAAAGUGGUUUUAAUCUUAAAUUAUGAGUAUUAGUGAAUAAAAAUAUACAUUUUUAAACGUCGGUGAUGUAACGCUGAAGAGUGGAGUAAGUGCUUCAAAAAUACAGUUUUUAAUAAAGUCUAUGCUUCAAAAUC